AUGCGUGUGGGACAUACAUCCCUGGCGCUUCUCUGCGUCGUAGCAGAGAAGUUUGUCCAAGUAUCGUUGGCUGCACAUGUCAUCCAUGAGCGGGCUCUGCCAACAAAUGACUGGGUCAAACUGGGCAACAUCAAUCCUGACGGUCUGCUGCCUGUUAGAAUUGGUUUGACUCAGCAAAAUCUUGUCCAAGGACAUGAUUUGCUCAUGGAAAGAUCUACCCCUGGCCACCCCAAGUAUGGCCAACAUAUGACACAAGAUGAAGUUUUUAAACUAUUCGCACCACAUGACGACAGUGUGAAUGCAGUGCAGAACUGGCUGGAAUCCGAGGGAAUCAAGCCGGAUCGUGUGACUAGAUCCGGCAAUUUUCAAUGGAUACAGUUUCAUGCUACUGUAACGGAGCUUGAGAAACUCACCAACUCGACUUACGACAUCUAUGAGCACCAAAAGACUGGCGUUCGCCAUGUUGGUACCGAUGAAUAUUCGAUUCCGGCCGAGCUUAAAGUCCACAUCGACAUGAUUUCACCUGCCAUUAAACGACUGCAGAUUGCCGGACCCGUCAAAGAUCAACAGAUACCGAUACCUCAAAACACCGAAGCCCAAAAUAUUCGCCGACAGUCACACCAUAAUGUAAUUCCUGCAGCCCCAUUGACUGGCUCAGAUGUCACAAACGAUUGCAACACUUUCCUCACCCCCCGCUGCAUUAGCAAUAUGUAUCGCAUGCCUCUUAACAGCGGGAACUCGAGCAUCCACGGCAAUGAACUGGGUAUUUAUCAGCUACAACCGUACAAUCAAAGUGAUUUGACCUGGUUUUACAAGAAAUUUGCGCCGCACAUGGACCACAACGUCAGCCCUUUAUUCGACUCAAUUAACGGCGCCCCCAGGUUCAGCGAUGAUCAAACGGCUAACACGACGGGAGAUGGCCAAGCUAUGCUGGACAUACAGGUCGCUUCUCCAAUCGUUUACCCUCAGCAUGUCCGCGUCCUUGGCGUUGAAGAUGUCUACUAUCAAGAGAGAGCAUCGAGGGGAUUGUUCAACAACUUUCUCGACGCUAUUGACGGUAGCUAUUGCAACCUCACUGCAUUCAACAUCACAGGAGAUAGCCCCAAAUACGAUCCGAGUUACCCAGAUGGCCACGGCUACGUAGAGGACAGGAUGUGCGGCGUCUUCACGCCGACUAAUGUCAUUUCCAUCUCUUAUAGCCCGGAAGAAGCGCAGCAAAGUGCAAACUACGAUCGGCGCCAGUGCAAUGAGUGGAUGAAGCUCGGCCUGAUGGGCAUCACGGUAGUCGGCUCAACGGGAGUUUACGGUGUUGCUGGAAACGAAAACGAAUGUUUACAAACUUAUGACGCAAGAAACGUCUUCAAUCCGCUGUCUCUGACUAAUUGCCCAUAUGUUCUCGCCGUGGGCUCGACACAAUUAGCACCAGGUGUUCAUGAUGGCAGCCAGGGUUAUGAGGUUGGCCUUCAAACCGUCCCUUACGCCUCGGGCGGCGGCUUCUCAAAUAUCUACGAAGCUCCUGCGUACCAAAAGAGCGCUUUAGAUUGCUAUUGGGAGAACAAUUACCCGCUAUACUUGUACUAUAACGUCACAAACAACCAAACUAUCGGCCAAUGGGGCGGCCUCUUUAACAUUGCUGGUCGCGGAUUUCCAGAUAUAUCGGCAAUUGGAGCCAACAUUGUCACUGUUGACCAAGGUGACGUUCAUACCACCAGCGCCAAAUCAGGGGCUGCUCCGCUUAUUGGUGCCAUUAUCACUCGCAUCAACGAAGAACGCUUGAAAGCGAAUAUGUCGACGGUGGCGUUUAUAAACCCAGCGUUAUAUGCUAAUACUAGCAUUUUCAAUGAUGUUACAGUAGGCAACGCAACUGGCUGUGGUGGGUUUGGCUUUCAAGCCGUCAAAGGCUGGGAUCCGGUAACGGGCUUGGGAACUCCAGACUAUCCCAGCAUGUUAGAAUACUUCUUGUCCAUUGGUAAACCGUUCAACGAGGAGUUGAAGUGA